AUGCAACCACUCGUGCUUCAUCCCCCGAGCCUUGCUACCGCCCAGUUCGGACAGCCACGGUUCAGCUCCGGCCCAGAGCGGCUUUCGUUGAAUCGGUCUUGGUCUUCCAAUGCUCGAGGGUAUAGCCCCCGGGCUCCUCUUCCCCGUCAAUCUAUGUCUGGCUCGCCGCCGGCCGAAGAGCCCCCAGUGACAGCCGGAAACCCUAAGCCGACUUUAGCAUAUGCGUCCGUUUCUUCGCCGGCAAUAACUACUGCACCAGUAGCUACUGUUAUCGAGGUAACCACCGGUUCUAGUGGCCAUAUUCCUGGGCCGACACUAUCACAGCCUCUGUCAUCCGUCAGUGAGCCUCUCCCAGCACAUAUUGGGGCUCCACGAUAUGCAGAAAUUAGCGGGCCACCGCCGGCAGCAUUCGGUGUCGGCCCAUCCCAACCAUUACCAGGAGCUCCACCAUAUCCUCUCUCAGCGAUGGAAUCAUCGAUAGCGGGACCAGCGCACCGAUCACUUGCACAGAAAGCAACACGACGUACUAAAGCUCACGUAGCUUCGGCAUGUGUCAACUGCAAGAAGAAGCACCUGGGGUGCGAUCCCGCACGUCCAUGUCGAAGAUGUGUCCUCGCUGGCAAGGCCUCUUCAUGCGUGGAUGUCACACACAAGAAGCGAGGGCGACCACCGUUGAAGGCCGAGGAUUCUUCUCUCCGCUCCUACUCCCAUGCUCAUAUUGAUAACACAACGAUGACCGCUGAAGUCCAGCCUUCGACAGGCCCGCAAAGAACAGUGAUGCAUCGAGGAACCUCAUCCCGCGAAUUGAGGCCGAUGACGGAUCUUCAAGGCAUAGGCGAGCCAGUACCAGCAAAUGCUGCAGCAAUGCGAGUGCCACGCGGCCAACCACAGCGAUGGUCUGCAUCUGUCUUCCCUCUUACGAGACCUAUGGGACAGUCUCCUUCGAUGCCGGGUGCUGUGGGACGACGACCAUUUUCUUCAUCAGGACCGCCAGCUUACGCACCCCCAGCAUUCGUACCAAUUACAAGUGGAUUCAAUCCAGUUCUCAAACCAGGAACGAUGCCACCAGGAAUAGAGAGAAGGUACCCACCUUACGCGGGUCCAGCUUUGCCGCUUCCGACAUCUCCUCCUCAGCAUCAUUCACCAGGUGUACACUAUUUGCCCUACACUGAGGCUCCCACUGCGACCCUACACCAACCUUUGAGUGAUCCUCGGAUGCCUCAUGGCCCUCGUGAACCGUAUCUCGAAUCACCGGUCCGACUACCGCCUAUACACCAAGCCACAGUUAGUCCCGGACCUCCUCCCCAGCCGCAUCACGCCCAUCGCUUGAGCGACCCGUACCCGACAAGCUGGAGCUCGUCCGGGCAUGAAGACAUCUUGAGGGAGCCGAGAUCCCCAGCCCAGCUACAACGACCAAUCAGCUCGGCAUUUUCGCUCUCGCCAUCUCACCAGCGCUCCUCAUCCAUGACCGGUCCCCUCGAUCCAGUGCCACGGCAUCUAGGCCCUGUAGACUUUCCCUCGCCAUCAACUCUCAGUCAUGCUUUGCCCGCAACAACGCGAACAACUACUAAUCUCACGACCGAAAGUGAAAAUGAAGAGCCUAGACCAAUCAAACGUCGCAGAAUGGCUCUGGAUGAUAUGGUCAACGGUUGA